AUGUCGCACCAAGAUUGGAAGGAGAUCACGAUCGGGAAGCGCGCGAACGCGAGCUCGAGCGGUGGAAUGAACAUGAAACAGGCGAAGGAUCCCAAGGCUGUGGCCGCGGCGCUUCGCGCGGGCAUGGCGGUGCAGACGGUGAAGAAGGAUUCGGGGGCUGGACGGAACGCGUUAAAGUUGGAACUCGACGACGAAAACUUGACGCACAAGACGGUGAGCGCCGACGUGAAGAAAGCCAUCCUGCAAGGACGUCUGGCGAAGAAGCUCACGCAGGCGCAACUGGCGCAGCAAAUCAACGAAAAGCCGCAGAUCGUGCAGGAGUACGAGUCGGGUAAGGCUAUUCCGAACCAACAAAUUUUGGGUAAGCUCGAGCGCAUCCUCGGCGUGAAGCUUCGCGGCAAGGGCGUGGGCAAGUAA